AUGGAUAUACACUUGCAGGAAAAUCAGACGGGGAUCCGCUUCAGUUGGAACUUAUGGCCCCCUACAAAGAAUGAGGCGUCGAAAAUUGAGGUGCCUCUGGGCUGUCUCUACACAGUCCUAAAAAGAACGGAUGACAACAGCGUGAAGCUAGUGGAAUACGAGCCACUAAAGUGCAAAACGAGUAACUGCAUCUUGAACCCGUACUGCAACAUAGACUUUAGGAACAAGACAUGGACGUGUCCCUUUUCGAAUAUAAAGAACCCCUUCCCUCUGCACUACGCGGAACACAUCUCGGAGAAGAACCUGCCCGCCGACGUGAUGUACUCCAACAUCGAAUACAUACAACCGUCCAACGUGGGGGACAUCCCACCCCCGACGUUCCUGUUCGUGAUUGACACGUGUCUCCUGGAGGAGGAGCUGGAGCAGCUGAAGGAUUCAAUCCAGCAGUGCAUAAGUUUGAUGCCCCCAGAUGCACACAUCGGAAUAAUUACCUUUGGAAAUAUGUGCUACGUGCACGAAAUAGGAUUCAAGGAUUGUCUUAAAUCUUAUGUGUUCAAGGGGACCAAGGAUGUCACUGCACAAGAUUUGCAGAAGCAGUUAAACUUGGGAACACGGAAUGAUCCCAGAAGUUCCACCACAUCUGCAUCUGCUAGAAGGUUUCUACAACCAGUUAGUGAAUGUGAAUAUAAUAUUAACAUGUUAUUGGAGGACAUACAGAAGGAUAAUUGGCCCACUCCCCCUGAUCAGAGAGCAAAGAGGUGCACAGGGGUAGCCCUAAGUGUAGCAAUAGGUCUGUUAGAAUGCUGCUGCAACCAAUUGAGUGGCAGAGUAAUGAUGUUCAUAGGAGGGGCAGACACCACCUCUCCGGGGAAAAUUGUAGACACCCCAUUGAGUGAAUCGUUAAGACAUCAUCUAGAUUUACAGAAGGAGAAUAACAACGCCAGACAUGUGAAGAAGGCGUUAAAAUAUUACGUCGCUUUGGCAAAUAGAGCCGUAGCAUCAGGUCACGCUAUUGAUAUUUUCGCGUGUUCCCUGGAUCAGAUCGGGUUGUAUGAAAUGAAGGUAUGUUGUGAAAAGACAAACGGCUACAUGGUAAUGGCAGAUUCCUUCUCCAUGAAUGUAUUUAAGGAUUCCUUUAAGAAAAUUUUCGAGACAGAUUCUAAUGGAUACAUAAAACAUGGCUAUAAUGCAAAGCUUACCAUAAUUUGUUCGAAGGAAUUUCGUGUCUGUGGUGCUAUUGGUGGCUGUUCAAGCAACAAAAAAAUAGCCAACUAUGUUUCUGAUACGUGUGUUGGUGAAGGGGGCACGUGCGAAUGGACCAUAUGUGCAUUAGACAGACAGUCCACCAUAGCCUUCUACUUUGAAAUCGUGAACCAAAACAUUUCUUCUCUUCCUCCGGAUAGACAAGCCUACCUACAGUUCCAGACGCUCUACCAGCACCCAAGUGGUCGUAGGCGUUUGCGCGUCACAACCAUUUCGUACCGCUUCGCAGAAGCAAACAUUGCAGAAAUAUCCCAAGGGUUCGAUCAAGAAACUGCUGCUGUGAUUAUGGCUAGAUUUGCGGUUCUAAAGGCUGAGACGGAUGAACCCAUAGAUGUGUUAAGGUGGCUAGACAGGAAGUUGAUCAGAUUAGUGAGCACCUUUGCAGAUUAUCAGAAGGACGAUGUGAAUUCCUUCCAUUUGUCGCCCGAGUUUUCUAUUUACCCACAAUUUAUGUACCACUUAAGGAGGUCCCAUUUUUUGCAGACGUUCAAUGCUAGUCCGGAUGAGACGGCCUACUACAGAUCCAUCCUGCUUCGGGAAAAUGCAAUGAAUUCUCUCAUUAUGAUACAACCAGCGUUAUUGCAAUAUUCGUUCGAGUCACACACCCCCGUACCUGUCCUCCUUGACGCGCAAUCACUAAAGUCUAAUGUCAUCCUUCUGCUGGAUUCUUACUUCCAUAUCGUCGUCUGGUACGGGGAAAUGAUAUACCAGUGGAGAGAACAGGGCUUUCACGAGAAACCCGAAUAUGAGCACUUUAGCCAAUUACUAAACGCUCCUCAUGAGGAUGCCAAGUCCAUUUUGGAGGACCGGUUCCCUAUCCCUAAAUUUGUUUUGUGUAACAGUGGUGGUAGUCAGAGCCGCUUUCUUCUAGCCAAGGUGAACCCGUCCACAACGCACAACUCCCUCAGUGGUAGCACCUUCGGAACGUCCAACAGCGAAUCCUACAUUAUUAACACAGAUGACGUGUCUCUCAAAAUUUUUAUGGACCACUUGGUUAAGCUGGCCGUCCAGACGUGA